AUGCAGGCCUCAGAAGAGCGACAAAAGAAGAAGCAGAAGCGCAAGGCGGAAGAGGGCCAACUGCAGGCGAAGCGACAGGAGAUGGACAAGGCUAAGAUCUCAGAUGCCGUCAAGCGCUAUUCCUAUCUCCUUGGUCAGACGGAGCUGUUCAAGCACUUCGUAGACAUCAAGAAAGCGCGGGAUCCCGAAUAUGCCGCCAUGCUCGAUGCCCAGCCGAAACCGAAGGGUCGCGGGCGGAAAAAGACCAAAGAGAAGGGAGCGCGUCAUCGCAAGUCGGAGAAAGAGGAGGAUGAGGAACUCUUGAAGGACGGCGAGCUCGCCGCAGACGGCGCCGACCAACCAUAUGUUUUCGAGGAGUCACCGAGCUUCAUCAACGGCACCAUGCGACCAUACCAACUACAGGGUCUUAACUGGAUGGUCUCUCUACACCAUAACGGUCUCAACGGUAUCCUUGCAGACGAGAUGGGCCUCGGCAAGACACUGCAGACCAUUUCUUUCCUUUCCUACCUCAAGCACUACCGUGACACCUCCGGCCCUCAUCUCGUCGUCGUCCCCAAGUCGACGCUCCAGAACUGGUCACGAGAAUUCGAGCACUGGACACCGGACGUGAGCACGGUGCUCCUGACCGGCAGCAAGGAGGAGCGCGCGGAGAUCAUUGCGACACGCCUGAUCCCGCAGGACUUCGACGUGCUCAUCACGACGUACGAGCAAUGUCUGAUCGAGCAGAGCGCGCUGAAGAAGUUCUCGUUCGAGUACAUCGUCAUCGACGAGGCGCACCGCAUUAAGAACGUCGACUCGAUCCUGUCCAAGAUCGUGCGCUCGUUCCUGUCGCGCGGGCGGCUGCUCAUCACGGGCACGCCGCUGCAGAACAACAUGAAGGAGCUGUUCGCGCUGCUGAACUUCAUCUGCCCCGAGAUCUUCUCGGACUACGAGGACUUGGAGAGCUUCCUGCACAAGGAUGACGCGCAGGGGGACGGCGACGAUGAGAAGAGCAAGAAGGUUGUCGAGGCGCUACACAAGAUUCUCCGGCCGUUCCUGCUCCGUCGUGUCAAGAGUGAUGUGGAGAAGAACCUUCUACCCAAGAAGGAGAUCAACAUUUACGUCGGUCUCACCGAGAUGCAACGGAAAUGGUACCGUUCGGUCCUCGAGAAGGAUAUUGACGCAGUGAACGGCUUGACCGGCAAGAAGGAGGGCAAGACGCGGCUCAUGAACAUUGUCAUGCAGCUGCGCAAGGUCACUUGCCAUCCCUACCUGUUCGACGGCGCGGAGCCUGGGCCGCCCUACACCACCGACGAGCACCUCGUCGACAACUCCGGGAAAAUGGUCAUCCUCGACAAGCUGCUGCAAAACAUGAAGGCGAAGGGCUCCCGUGUCCUCAUCUUCAGCCAAAUGAGUCGUAUGCUUGACAUCCUCGAGGACUACUGCCUCUUCCGGCAAUACAAGUACUGCCGUAUCGACGGUAGCACUGCUCACGAGGACCGUAUCGUGGCCAUCGACGAGUACAACAAGCCUGACAGCGAGAAGUUCAUAUUCCUGCUCACGACGCGUGCCGGCGGUCUCGGUAUCAAUUUGACGACUGCAGACAUCGUCGUGCUCUACGACAGUGACUGGAACCCGCAAGCCGAUCUCCAAGCUAUGGACCGCGCUCAUCGAAUCGGUCAGACGAAGCAGGUCUACGUCUUCCGUUUCAUCACGGAGGGUAGUGUCGAAGAGCGCAUGCUCGAGCGCGCAGCGCAAAAGUUGAGGCUGGACCAGCUCGUCAUUCAGCAGGGCCGCACGCAGGCUACGAAAGCCGCGAACAAGGAGGAACUGCUAGAGAUGAUCGCUCACGGCGCCGAACACAUCGUAAACGCAGACACCGACCUUAUGGUGAACGACGACAUUGACGCAAUCAUCCACCGCGGCGAGGAGCGCACUCAGAUCUUAAACAGCAAGUACGAGGGCCUCACGUUCGAGGAUUUGAGCAACUUCAAGUCAGAGGCGUCCGUGCAGCAGUGGGAGGGCGAGGACUUCCGCGGGCAGCGCAAGGCGCUGCAGUUCAACCCGCUCUCGCUCUCGAAGCGCGAGCGCAAGCUCAACUACUCAGUCGACAGCUACUUCAAGGAGACCAUGCGCGCGGGCCCGUCGAAGACGGAGAAGGCGCCUAAGAUCCCCCGCGCGCCGAAGCAGAUUCAGAUGCAGGACUUCCAGUUCUUCCCACCGAGGCUUGCAGAGUUGCAAGAACAGGAGCUCGCGGCGCACAAGCGGUUGAACGAGAUUCCUGCGACCAUUCGAGAGCCCGCAGGUCCCGAAGACACUCCUGAGACUCUCGAGGAGGAGCGGAAGCAGGCCCAGGAGGUCAUCGACAACGCCGAGCCCCUUACGGAGGACCAGCAACAGGAGAAGGAGGAGCUGAUCGCCCAGGGCUUCGAGGACUGGAGCAGGCGAGACUUCCAGCAAUUCGUCCGCGCUCUCGAGACCUACGGCUGGACGGAUGACUAUGAGCUGCUGGCGUCUGAGAUCCAGGACAAGACCGCAGCAGAGGUCGCGGACUACUACCCCGUCUUCAAGAAGAAGUGGAAGGAGCUCUCCGAGUACCCGCGUAUCAAGGCCCGCAUCGAGGAGGGCGAGGCGAAGCGCAACAAGCGGUCCAACCUCGAGGCGCUCCUCUCGAAAAAGAUCGCGUCCGUGCGAUACCCGAUGCAGGAGCUCGAGCUCAACUACCCUACGACGAAGGGCAAAGUGUACUCGGAGGAGGAAGACCGGUACCUGCUCUGCCGGCUGAACUACUACGGGAUGCAGAUGGAGGACGUGUACGAGCGCAUCAAGAAGGACAUUCUCGAGUUCCCCGUCUUCCGCUUCGACUGGUUCUUCAAGAGCCGCAGCCCGCAGGAGCUGCAGCGGCGGUGCAACACGCUGCUCGGCAUGAUUGAGAAGGAGCAGGAGGGCCGGCAGGCCGAGGAGGUGAAGACGAAGGGCACGAAGGGCAAGAAGCGUGGUAUCGAAGCGAUACAGGAGGUUGAGAAAGACAAGGCCUCGCGAUCUUCGACACCUACGAGCACCACUACCGCGGCCGCAUCCUCGAAGCGGCAAACCAAGCGUCGGAAGACCUGA